AUGUCAGAUAUAAUGACAACUACAGCAAGUAGUUCAACCAAUAAAUAUAAUAAUGAUGAUAGCAAAUAUCAACCAAUAGUUGUUCUUCAAUAUGACGAAUUACCACAAAUUAACGUCACCAAUUUAAAGAGUUCAGCACAAUCCAUUCAAGUAGACGAUGACUAUGAUGAAACAUACCUUUCAACACGUUCAAUUUCAACAUAUCCCAUGCUGCCACAUGGUGAAAAAGAUGGGGAUCCAAUAGCCGAUAAAUUAUUUGUUCAAGUUCAUAAAAAUAGAGCCGUUUUAGCGAUUGCAGAUGGAUGCAAUUGGGGAAAGAGACCUGCAAUGGCAGCAAAAGACGCAAUCGCUGCAUUUGCCCAAUAUUUUAAUGAAAGACAGAACGACAUCAACUCACUUCAAGACGCUGGUCACUUUUUGUUAAGAGCAUUUUGUGAAGCUCAUAAUAAAAUCGUGGAAGGUAAACCAGAUAUUUGGGAAGCUGGCACAACAACUUUAUUAGGUGGUUUAGUACUCGAGUUUGAACAAGCCUCUGAAGAUCAACCAAAAUGGGGUUUCCUCUGCGCUAGUGUAGGUGAUUGCAAAGCUUUUCUCAUCUCCCAUAAAAUGAAACAGGCAAUUGAUGUAACCAAUGGCAAUAGAUGUAAUCUUAGUGAUACCAGAGAUCCAGGUGGAAGACUCGGUCCAUAUGUUGGUCAAGGUUGGCCUGAUCUUCGUAACUUGAAAUUAUAUUUCACUUUUUGUGAAGAGAACGAUAUUGCACUUGUUGUUUCCGAUGGUGUCCAUGAUAAUUUAGAUCCAAUAAUGUUGGGUAAAACACCUGAUGAAUUAAACAUCAAAGACGUUAAAGGUUGGGAAGAAUUAAAUCAAGAAGACCUCUUAAGAGAAAAAACUUGUUUCAUGAAAAAGUUAUUAGAAGAAAUGAUUUUCCAAGCUUCCCCAGAUGCAUCUGAUAAAGUCAUUAAUCCAUCUGAUAUAGCUAAAAAAAUAAUCGAUCAUUGUUCAAGUGUUACACAUAAUGCAAGAGAAUUUAUGCAAUCUUAUCCAAAUAAAAAACAACCAAAUGAUUAUAGAGAGUUCCCAGGUAAAAUGGAUCAUACAACAUGCGUAGCAUUUAAAGUUGGUUCAAAAUUUUAA